AUGGUAUCUGUUCUUCCUCCUUGCAGACGCCUCCACCUCAAUAAGAAGGCCACAGACAAGCAGCCAUAUAGUAAGCUUCCUGGUGUUUCACUUCUGAAGCCGCUAAAAGGUGUGGAUCCAAACCUGAUCAACAACUUAGAAACCUUCUUUGAACUGGAUUAUCCAAAAUAUGAAGUACUACUCUGUGUACAAGAUCAUGACGAUCCAGCUAUUGAUGUAUGUAAAAAGCUUCUUGGCAAAUACCCGAAUGUUGAUGCUAGAUUGUUCAUAGGUGGCAAGAAGGUUGGCAUCAACCCCAAGAUUAACAACUUAAUGCCUGGCUAUGAAGAUGCCAAAUAUGAUCUCAUAUGGAUUUGUGACAGUGGAAUUAGAGUAACUCCAGACACACUGACUGACAUGGCUAACCAAAUGACUGAAAAAGUAGGCUUGGUCCAUGGGCUUCCCUAUGUUGCAGACAGACAGGGUUUUGCUGCAACCCUUGAACAGGUUUAUUUUGGAACUUCACAUCCCAGGUCAUAUAUUUCAGCCCACUUAACUGGCUUCAAGUGUGUAACAGGGAUGUCAUGCUUGAUGAGGAAGGAUGUCUUGGAUCAAGCUGGAGGACUGAUAGCUUUUGCACAAUAUAUUGCUGAAGAUUACUUUAUGGCCAAAGCAAUAGCUGAUCGGGGCUGGAAAUUUGCUAUGGCCACACAAGUUGCAAUGCAAAACUCUGGUUCAUAUUCUAUUUCUCAAUUUCAGUCCAGAAUGAUCAGGUGGGCCAAACUGCGAAUAAAUAUGUUGCCCGCCACAAUAAUCUGUGAGCCAAUCUCUGAGUGCUUUGUUGCCAGUCUGGUUAUUGGAUGGGCAGCUCACCAUGUGUUUAGAUGGGAUAUAAUGGUAUUUUUCCUGUGUCACUGCUUGGCAUGGUUUAUAUUUGACUACAUUCAACUGAAAGGUGUUCAGGGCGGUGCUCUGUGUUUUUCAAAAUUCGAUUAUGCAGUAGCUUGGUUCAUCAGAGAAUCCAUGACAAUUUAUAUUUUCCUAUCUGCUUUGUGGGACCCCACUAUUAGGUGGAGGACAGGACGCUACAGAUUACGUUGUGGAGGCACUGCAGAAGAAAUUCUUGAUGUAUAGCCACAGCUUUGUAACUGUGAAUGUCAAAAGGAGAAAUUGGGGGAAGAAAAGUAUUAUAAAUUGUUUAUA